UACACAUACCUUACCUCUACCUUGUGAAGAUGGAGGCAGUUUGUCUUAACAGCGGCCCAGUGUUUGAUGACUGUGAAGAAUAUGAGGAUGGAGAAGACUGUUCUGUGGUGGAGCAUGAUGAUGAAAUUCAUGAAAAUGAUUCAAAGAAAGAGCCCCCACAACCCACAGUCGGUCUGGAAUUUGGGUCUUUUGAUGAAGCAUAUGAUUUUUAUAACAUGUAUGGUAAGGAACAAGGAUUUGGUGUUAGAGUGAGCAACUCCUGGUUUAGAUCAAAAAGGAAAGAAAGGUAUAGAGCAAAACUUAGCUGCAGUAACGCAGGUUUCAAGAAGAAAAGUGGAGCAAAUCACCCUAGGCCAGAAACAAGAACUGGUUGUCCUGCAAUGCUAGUAAUUAAGCUUGUGGACUCAAAAAGAUGGAGAAUUGUUGAAGUUGUGCUUCAGCAUAAUCAUACAGUAAGCCCAGAGAUCAGACGGUUCUAUAAGUCUCACAAAAAAAUGAUUCUUGCUUCCAAAAAGCAGCAGGAAUCGACACCUGUUACAGAAGUGCAUACAAUUAAGUUAUACCGCACAUCUAUUGAUGCUGCUUAUAAUGGAUCCCAAGAAGUCGAGGAAACAAAUAGUGGGCUUCCUGUUGAUACCUCAAAGCAUUUGGAGCUUAAAGAGGGGGAUGCGCAUGCACUGUAUAAUUAUUUUUGUCGUAUGAAAUUGACAAAUCCAAACUUCUUUUAUCUGAUGGAUCUUGAUGAUGAAGGAUGCCUGAGAAAUGUGUUCUGGGCUGAUGCUAGGUCUAGGGCUGCUUUCAACUCCUUUUCUGAUGCAGUUGCAAUUGAUACAACAAGCUUGAGAAACAAAUAUGAAAUUCCUCUAAUUUCUUUUGUCGGAUUAAACAAUCAUGGGCAACCUGUUUUGCUGGGAUGUGGUUUUCUUGGACAUGAUUCAGCAGAGUACUUUAUUUGGAUGUUGAAAUCAUGGCAAACAUGUAUGCUGGGGAGACAUCCACAAGUUAUUCUAACUGAUCAGUCAAAAUCAUUGCAAAUUGCAGUUUCUAAGGUUUUCCCUCAAGCUUGUCAUUGUUAUUGUUUGUCAUAUAUCAUGCAGCGAGUUCCUGAGAAGUUGGGAGGAUUGAAGGGGUAUGAGUCUAUCAAGAUGCAACUGUAUAAAGCAGUUUAUAAUUCUUUGAAGAUCACCGAAUUUGAAAGUUCUUGGGGACAGAUGAUAAAUCAGCAUGGACUCAAGGACAAUAAAUGGCUUCAAUCAUUGUACGAAGAUCGUGAAAAAUGGGUACCAGUCUACUUAAAAGAUAUUUCCUUCAUGGGAAUCAUGCCAAUAAAGGAAAACGAGAGUUUGGAUUCAUUUUUUGAUGGUUAUGUACAUAAACACACUUCAUUCAAAGAAUUUGUUGAUAAGUAUGAUCUAGCCCUGCAAAGGAAAUACCUGAAAGAAGCAAUGGCUGAUAUGGAGUCGAGAAGUUCAAGCUUUGAACUGAAAACAACAUGCAAAUUUGAGCAGCAACUCUCACGGAUAUUCACAAAGGAAAUAUUCAAGAAGUUCCAAAAAGAAGUUGAGGAAAUGCGUUCUUGCUUUAACACAAGACAUGUAAACAUUAACGGGCCAAUAAUGACAUUUGCUGUCGAAGAAAGAGUAGAAUCCGAAGGAAGUGAGAAGGAGAUCAGGCAGUUUGAGGUUCUCUAUGAGACGACACAAGUAGAAGUACGCUGUAUUUGCAGUUUGUUCAACUUUAAAGGAUACUUAUGCAGACAUGCAUUGAAUGUACUGAAUUAUAAUGGUGUAGAAGAUAUUCCAUCACAAUACAUCCUGCCGCGUUGGGAUAAAGAUUACAAACGUAAGACUCCAGUAGAUUCUGUCCUUAGUCAUGUUGAUGUGAAUAAUCCUGUGGAAUUAUAUAAUCAUCUACAUAAACAUGUCAUGCAAGUUGUUGAAGAAGGGGCUCAAUCUGAAGAGCAUUACAUGGCGGUUCUUCAAGAAUUAGAAGCUUUAUUGAACAGGUUUUCCCUUAUAGAUGACAAUUUGGUUUCACUGUAAUAUUUGACAUGUAACAUUCAAUGCAGAAUUAUAGUGCAUCUUUGUACAGAAUAUAUAUCACACGUCUUGAUAUAAGGAUGGAAUUGUGGUACUUUGAAAUUGCA